GUGUGUUCAUGUGUGUGUGAGGUGUGCUGGCGUGAGGAUGGAUGUGGAGGAGACUGGAACAGGUCACAUGGAGGCAGCGGCCGCAGCAGAAGAGGCACCGGCUCCCAAACGAAGCAGAGGCAGACCUCGCAAACAACCACAGAAGUCUGAUGAAGUCCCCGCUCCCAGGAGGCCGAGAGGAAGACCAAGAGGCAGUAAAAAUAAAGGCCAGAGGGUCACAACCAUAAUAGAGGCACCCAAAGAAAGGAAACCGCGAGGUAGACCAAGAAAAUGGCCUCAGAAAACCGUUCAUCAGGAAGAACAGCAGCCCUCUCAUCCUGAGGUGGAGGGGGCGGAGUCAACAGAGGACCUGCCCACUCAGACUCUGCCUUCUGAAUUACAACCACAGGACAGCGGCUAAAACUACCUCAUUGGUGACUUCGAUACAACAUUGGAGGCGAUGCUCCAUCUCGGCUGCAACUCAAUGGUUAAAUAGUUUAAAAUAGUUUAAUAGUUUAAAAAGCAACAAUAACUUUUGUUUUCAGGUCAGAACAUUUUAAUGUUCAGACUUCGGAGAACUGAACUGCUUGCAUAAUUUUGUCAAAGAUUAGACUAAAAUUGCAUCCAGGAACUACAAAACACCACAAAACAAUCCCAAUAGGGAAGGAGCCGUUUAUUUAACAUUGUACGUCUCAGGAUUCUGGAGAUAGAUAUUACCAAAGCUUGAAAUUGAUCAUUUUACAGUUGAAACAUGGUGCAUUUUUAAAUUAUUUUUAAGUGUGUAAUAUCUUGUAUUGUUUUUAGUGUUUACAGAGGAGUAAAUGGAUUGAAAAAAUGUCAUUGUGUUCUUAUGAAAAUACAGAUAAAGUGGCCUAUUUUACAACAGUCAAGACUAGUAAAGGGACACAUCAAUAAUGCCUUAAUUGAUUAACAAAUCAUUUGAAUUCAAAACAAGAAGUUGAAAUUGAGUACCUCAGCACCACAAACCUCAUUUAUACUGUUUUCUUACUCUAGAUAAUAAGUAAUGUUUUUUUCUAAAUAUAUAUUUUAUAAUGGCCAGUCUCUGGAGUGUAACAGGAUUAUUUUUGGCACUGUAUUAUCUUUUCAAAAUAUAUAUAUUUUUUAUAUAUCAGACAAAUGGCAAUUUUCCUACACAUUCUUUUAUUGUGCUGACAUGGAGGUGGUGGUAUUUACAACAUUACUGAUGUUUGAAGCAUCUUUAAUUGAUUUUAGGACAUUGAAAUGACAAUACAGUUAUGCAGUUGAAAGAUUCUGGUUUCUUUAUAGCACACGUACAUGUUUGUUUUAAGAACUUGAGAAUAAAACGUUUUUUGUGGGACUUAAAAGUAUUUGGCUGUGAAUCUCUUGUUUAUUGCGUAGAUACAUCAUGGUGUGUAGAGCUAACUUAGCCAUGGAAAACCUGGAAGUAUCAGGAAUUUUACAAAUGUGUUUUCCAGGCCUGUAAAUUAAUACAAUCUCAAAAGGCAUGGAAAUUUCGAUAGUGAAUAUACAUUUUUCUAGUUUUUCUCUGCUCUAAAAUAUUUCAUGAGCUAAAUACUGCUCAUGUUUAGAGUAGAGCAAUAGUGAAGUUGAUCUGAAUGGUCUUAAUCAAAAUGAUUGUUAAAAAUCUGUGUCUAAUUGUGGAAAUUACUUAAAGGGUGGGAACCUUGCUUUUAAUUAAUGGAAUUUAUUAUACUCUAUAAAGAGUCUAAUAAAUUUGUUAUAUUCUUCAGCGGUCAGUAAUGCUGUUUGAAACAUGUUUAUUUACUCAUUCAUGUGCCUUUUAUUGACUAUUGGUUGUUUUUGUUGUAUUAACCAAUAAAAUAUAUUGUUCCCUAUCUGUCACUCACUCGACAUUGUGUCAAUGUAGUGACACUAGGGGUCACACUUUGGAGCCCCAAACACCUCUGCUUUUUUGAAAAAAGGCCAAUUAGAAUUUGUGAGUGGAAUUUGCAUGCGACUCCCCCGGACAUACGGGUAUAAAAGGAGCUAGUAUGCAACCACUCAUCCAGAUUUUCUCUUCGGAGCCGAGCGGUUGUAUUCAGUGCACUGAAUUCAAUUCCCUCCAAAGACGCACCUCAAAACUGCUGGAUUUACGGCGCAUUUCAGCAGCUUCUCCCCCUCUGCACCCGUGAAAUACAGAGAAUGUCCCUGGGCACUUCGGCAGACGAAAAUAAGAGAGUAUAUUCUAAAAGAGUAUAUUUUAAUUCACAAAAAGAUCGGCACACACACAGAACGUCUUUUUAAAGAUGCCUUUCCAUUUGUGUGUUAUUCCUGGUUGUGGUCGUUAUCUCUCCGCUUCUGACAACCACGAUCGCUGUCUUACAUGUCUGGGCACUGCCCACACGGAGACAUCGUUCGUGGAUGAGUCAUAUCCUCAUUGCGAGAACAUGACCAUGGCAACAUUGCGGUCGUGGCUUGCUUUGCUUUCGUAAGAAAGCAAGCCACCCCAGCGGCUCCCCGCACCGGUCCUUCUACCUAUGGGUUUGAGGCCACAUCGGUUAGCACUGGGGCGAUUUGAGGACAUCAAUGGGACCACCUCCACCGGGUAUCCCUCCACGGACCUCCCAUUCCCCAGGUUUGACUUCUCGUUCGGAGCUCGGGAAGACGAUGAAUUAUCGAGCACAGCAUCGGAGAGCGGGCUCAUCCAGUCUGACACAGAGGCUUCGGCUGGGCUUCCUCCUUUGGGAACGGUCACCCAGUCUCACGGUGGAACCCUCCACUCUCCCCUGAACCCUCGCGGCUCGACGAUUGGUUCCUGUGCCGCCCACAAACAAAGGCACCUUUUACUGCCCGGUCCCGGUCUUUCAGCUUCCCUGCUCUCACUACCCCGAUGGUGGAGCAGCCAGGAGGUAUUCGAUGAUCCCCCAAGUGGAUAAGGCGCUCGCGGUGCACUUGUGUCCACAGAGCGCCACCACCUGGUGCAGGAGCCCGAAGCUCCCGUCCAGGACCUGUAGGUUUACAUCAUCCCUGACGACUGUGGCCUGCAGUGCCGCUGGACAAGCCACCUCCGCCCCGCACGCCAUGGCUCUCCUGCAAGUACACCAAGCCAAGGCGCUAGAAGAACUGCAUGGGGGUAGUUCUGACCCGGGAUUGAUGCAGGAACUGCGUUCGGCAACCGACCUCUCUCUCCGGGUGAUGAAGGUCACGGCGUGGUCUCUCGGGCAGGUGAUGUCCAUCCUGGUGGUCCAGGAGCGCCAACCUUUGGCUCAACUUGGUCGAGAUGGGAGAUGCGGACAAGGCACGGUUUUUUGACGCCCCCAUUUCCCAGGUUGGUCUGUUUGGCGACGCCGUCAAGGACUUUGCCCAGCAGUUCUCAGCAGUGAAGAAGCAGAUGGAGGCCAUACAGCAUAUCCUGCCCCGGCGCAGCUUAAGACCCCGCACCCUUUCUGCUCAUCGCCAAGGGCGUCCUCCUGCCGCAACAACACCGGCUCCGCCGCAGCCCGCCCCUGUGGCCCGGCUCUGGCAUGGAGCACUCCGCAGGAAGCAGAUGCCGCUCGUCUAGCGGCCAGCCACUAAGAACCUGAGGAAGGCUUCGAAGCGCCCCCGAGACGGGUGACCCAGGGGCGAGGAGACCCACUACUCUGGGGCUGGUCUACAGAUCACUCCAUCCCCCGGUGGAGAGCCGGGAGGAGAAUCUUUCGUCGCCGCAUGCCCAGGAGGCUGUGGCACCCAAAAGCCUGACAAAAGAAUGGUUCCCUCAUCUCCUGGAUCACAUAUCCAGUGCGCACAGCCGUCGUCACGACCACCGUCCACCGUCCCAUUUUGGCAGGUUUGGCGCUCCAGCGGCAAACCCCCUGCCCCUGUUCGCCCAGCUGUGGCACAAACACGCCCACACGGGAUUGGUUCCAGUGGACUACGGAGACCAGAUUCCUCCUCCCCCCUCCUCGGCCAAUCUUAUGGUGUUACGGCAGGAACCAGGUAAGUGCUUCGGUGUCCCUGGACUCAGCACGGCCCCAGACAUGGCACCUUGAGCUCCGCCCCGCCGCGAGGCCCCACCUGCUGGUACGUCCGACGUGAUCAUUCCCUUGGUCCCCCUCGCCCGGAGUUUGGGCACAUGGCUCGCAAUUUCUAACCCGUCGCAAUGGCUGACACGGACCAUCCGACUCGGCUAAGCGAUUCAGUUCGUCAGGCACCCGCCCAGGUCCAGCGGCGUCCGCUUCACCUCGGUGAAGGGCGAGAAUGCCACUAACUUGCAUGCGGAAAUUGCUAGCCUUCUGUGCAAGGGCGCGAUAGAGCCUGUCCCUCCAGCUGAGAUGAAGAAAGGGUUCUACAGCCCUUACUACAUUGUACCAAAAAAAGCGGUUAGUUGUGACCAAUCCUGGACCUGCGAGUACUGAACCGGGCUUUGCACAGACUCCCGUCCAAGAUGCUGACGCAAAAACGCACUCUAACGAGCGUCCGGCAUCAAGAUUGGUUCGUGGCGGUAGACCUGAAGGACGCGUACUGCCACAUCUUGGUCUUACCUCCACACAGACCCUUCCUACAGUUUUCCUUCGAAUGCCAGGCGUACCAGUACAAGGUCCUCCCCUUCGGCCUGUCCUUGUCCCCUCAUGUCUUCACGAAGAUCACAGAGGCAGCCCAUGCCCUGCUAAGGGAAGUGGGCAUCCGCAUCCUCAACUAUCUCAACGACUGGCUAAUCCUAGCUCACUCUCGAGAGUUGCUGUGCGCACAAAGGGACCUCGUGUUCUGGCACCUCAGCCGACUGGGGCUUUGGGUCAACUGGGAAAAGAGCAAGCUCUCCCAGGUUCAGAGCAUGUCUCAAUGACAGCACGCCUCACGAACAAUAGUGCACAGUCAGUGCUGAACUGCAUGAAGGCAUUCAAACAGAGGACAGCGGUUCCACUGAAACUUUUUCAGAGGCUCAUGGGGCAUAUGGCAUCCUUAACGGCGGCCACACCUCUGGUUGAUGCAUAUGAGACCGCUUCAGCACUGGCUUCAGACUUGAGUCCCGAGAUGGGCAUGGCGCCACGGGACACAUCGCGUGACCAUCACGCUGAUCUGUCACCACCUCUUCAGCCCUUGGACCGACCUUGCAUUUCUACAGGCAGGGGUUCCCCUAGAGCAGGUCUCCAGUCGCGUCGUGGUUACAACAGACGCCUCCAAGAUGGGCUGGGGCGCCGGAUGCAACGGGCAUACAGCCGCCGGCUCCUGGACUGGCCUGCGGCUGUGUUGGCACAUCAACUGCCUAGAGUUGUUGGCAGUGCUGCUCGCCCUGCGGAGGUUCUGGCCGUUGAUCCAGGGCAAGUACGUGUUGGUCUGGUCGGACAACACAGCGACGGUAGUGUACAUCAACCGUCAAGGCGGUCUAUGCUCCCGUUGCAUGUCACAACUCACCCGCUAUCUCCUCCUCUGGAGUCAGCAGCGCCUCAAGUCGCUACGAGCCACUCACAUCCCGGGCGACCUCAACACCGCAGCGGACGCGCUGUCAUGCGCUCCAGAGUGGAGACUCCACCCUCAGGUGGUCCAGCUGAUUUGGAAUCGAUUCAGUCGAGCACAGGUAGACCUGUUUGCUUCCCAGGAAUCCUCCCACUGCCCUCUUUGGUACACCCUGACUGAGGCACCCCUCGGUAUGCGCUGGCACACAGCUGACCCCCUAGACUACGCAAAUAUGCAUUUCCCCCAGUGAGCCUACUUACACAGACCCUGUGCAAGGUCAGGGAGGAUGAGGAGCAGGUCGUCCUAGUAGCAACCUACUGGCCCACCCAGACGUGGUUUUCGGAUCUCACGCUCCUCGCGACAGCCCCCCCCAAUGACGGAUUUCCCUGAGGAAGGACAUUCUUUCUCAAGGAUGGGGCACCAUCUGGCAUCCGCAACCAGACCUCUGGAAUCUCCACGUCUGGCCCCUGGAUGGGACGCAGAAGACCUAAGUGGCAUACCACCCGUGGUGAUGGACAUGAUC